AUGGAUGAAAACAGGGCACCAGAUACAUACUUCGUGUAUAUUUAUUCCAAUGGUACAGUGAAAGAUGGCAAGCCAUUUCAUGUGAUCAGCUCCUGUCGGCUGGACAUCUAUACCUUUCCUUUCGAUAUUCAAAACUGCUCGUACACCUUCAACUCUUACAAGCACGACAUUCAGGAUGUUCGGCUGUCCUAUUUUAAACCUGUGAAGGAAAUAUUCAUGGAGUCGGUUUCAGUCAUGGCAACUAAAGGAGAGUGGGAACUAAUAAACUUGCUUGGAGAACAACCUAAACAAGUGUAUGAAGAUGGAGGAUGGGAUGAACUCAUUAUUCAUAUUGUCUUGAGACGUCGUGCUGCGCUGUAUGUUGUCAACCUCGUGGUUCCCAGCUGUUUCCUGCUUUCGUUGGAUCUGUUCAGUUUUCUUUUGCCUCCUCAGGACGUGGACCGCUCCUCCUUCAAAAUGACCCUCAUCCUGGGAUACACCGUGUUUCUGCUGUUAAUGAACGAUCUGCUGCCCGUCACAGGAAACACCUUACCCCUCAUAAAUGUGUUUUUCUCUCUCUGCUUGGCAUUGAUGGUGACAAGUCUUCUCGAAACCAUUCUCAUCACCAACAUCCUCUGCAAUUCCAGUAACUAUCCACCUUUACCAAAGUGGAUCAGGAUUCUGGUCCUGAAGUAUCUUGCUCGACUUGUUUGCAUUAAGCAUAACGCUUGCAAUCAAAACUCUGAAGCAAACGAAUCAACAGUCAUUAUCUAUACUAACAGCAUGACUGAAUACUCAAAUAAUGAAUCAAUGAGUCUGAGGGAAAAGUGUUUAGAGGAGAUGAAGAAGAUGAGUAAAGAUCUGUUGGCUAUCCGUCGACAGGUUGAAGAACACUUACACAGUAAAGAUGAAUCACACAUCACUAAUGAAUGGAUUAUCUUUGGUCAGUCUGAAGCGUUGCCGUGUCUGUUGACUUUGCUUCGCUGUGAAGAGGGACAGAGCGGACCCACAUAUGAGUCUUUACAGGAGGUGUUUGACAGAAAGCCUUUAAGACCUUCUGUGAACCUCAGCACCCCAACCAUAACAAACAUCUCAUUUACUCUCUAUGCUGUUUUAGGAGUGAAUGAAAAGGCACAGAUUCUUACCACAUUCCUCUGGCUCAGGCUGUACUGGUUCCAUGAGUUCCUAAUUUGGGAUUCAGAAAACUGUGAUGAUGUUACAAGGAUUUCCCUUCCUGUAAAAGAGCUCUGGACACCUGACAUUAUCGUUUAUGAGUUUGUUGAUGAUGAUGUGUCUCAGGCCUGCCCUUACGUUUAUGUCAACCACACCGGCCACAUCCGCUACGACAGGAUGUUGAGGCUGGUUAGCGCCUGUAACCUACAGAUCUUUAACUUUCCCUUCGACAUACAGAACUGCACCUUCACCUUUGGCUCCUACAUGCACACCAUAAAGGAUGUUCGGGUCAGCCCUGCUCUGACCUUUAAGGAGAUGACAGAAAAUUCACAGCGUUACCUGCAGGCCAGUGGAGAAUGGGAGCUGGUGGUCAUCUUGGGCGAUGCAAACAUUUUGAAAUUCGGAGUUGAUGAAUGGGACAUCAUCACUUUCUGGGUGGUGAUAAGGCGACGUCCAAUGCUAUACGUCGUCAACCUGAUCAUCCCCAGCUCCUUUCUCAUGAUCAUUGACAUCCUCUCCUUCUAUUUGCCACCACACAGCGUGGAUCGCUCUUCCUUUAAAAUGACCCUCAUUCUGGGUUACACAGUCUUUCUUCUCAUUAUGAACGAUCUGCUUCCCAGCACUGCUAAUGGAACACCUUUAAUAGGUAUCUAUUUUUCGGUGUGUUUGGCACUCAUGGUCAUCAGUUUACUGGAGACGGUCCUCAUCACCUGCGUUCUCCAUCAUAACUCCAUGAAGUACAGGGAGGUGCCACGCUGGGUCCAGGUGUUUGUAAUGGGGUUCCUCGGACGACUCGUUUGCUACAGGUUUCCAGAUGAUCUAUAUGCUAAAUCAGAGAAACAGGAUUUUGAUCUGUGGGUCACCACACCUGGAGAGUCAACCUCCAGUCAGCAAACAGCCAGCGGUUCUGGAAUGGUAACGCUGGAUGUGCCAAUACUCCGGCAGAUCAGUAAAGAUCUUUCAGAUAUGCAUUCGUAUUUUUCUGUUCUGCGAAAGGAAGACCAACUACAGGACCAGUGGUGUCAUGUGGGCUACAUCCUGGACUUCCUUCUGUUUCGCAUUUAUCUGCUGAUAAUCACGGGUUACGCGCUUGUGAUCAUAAUCAUGUGGUGCAUCUGGAUGAAUCAGUAGAAAGAGGUGAAAUCGAGACCAUUGAAAUUGUUAAACGACACAAAAAGACUCCAAAAACAGUCUAAA